CCUCAGCGGGAAGGGGAGACGCAAGCAGCUGGGUCUUCGGGAGCUAAGGCAGAGGUAUAACUGUUGUCGCGGCGGAGGAAGUCAAGGCGACGCCUAGGGCCGUGCGGGCCGCUGUUGGGUCCCUGUAGCCUGUGAAGAUGGUGUUGCUCACGAUGAUCGCCCGGGUGGCGGACGGGCUCCCGCUGGCCGCCUCGAUGCAGGAGGACGAACAGUCUGGCCGGGACCUUCAACAGUACCAGAGUCAGGCUAAGCAACUCUUUCGAAAGCUGAAUGAACAAUCCCCUACCAGAUGUACCUUGGAAGCUGGCGCCAUGACUUUCCACUACAUUAUUGAGCAGGGAGUGUGUUAUUUGGUUUUGUGUGAAGCUGCCUUUCCUAAGAAGUUGGCUUUUGCUUACCUAGAAGAUUUGCACUCCGAGUUUGAUGAACAGCAUGGGAAGAAGGUGCCCACUGUGUCUCGACCCUAUUCCUUCAUUGAGUUUGAUACCUACAUUCAGAAAACCAAGAAGCUCUACAUUGACAGUCGUGCUCGGAGAAACCUAGGCUCCAUCAACACUGAAUUGCAAGAUGUGCAGAGGAUCAUGGUGGCCAAUAUUGAAGAAGUGUUGCAACGGGGAGAAGCACUCUCAGCAUUGGAUUCAAAGGCUAACAAUUUGUCCAGUCUGUCCAAGAAAUACCGCCAAGAUGCGAAGUACUUGAACAUGCGUUCCACUUAUGCCAAACUUGCAGCAGUCGCUGUAUUUUUCAUCAUGUUAAUAGUGUAUGUGCGAUUCUGGUGGCUGUGAAGUAGUGAAUCCAGUCACUGACAAGGGAGAGCCUAGAAUCCGACAGGUGUGUGUUUUCAGGAAGCUGAGCUCACAGAGAUGUGUAUUAGAUCCAAGUGGAACUUCUGCCUCUAAAGACCUUGCAAGAAAAGACAUGCCCUGAAAAUGAAAGGUUACACCUCAUUUAAUGAAGCUUCACCUGUGUAGAAAGUCUCUUUUGGGGGCAGAGGCUUUCGCUGGGUGCUAAGCCAUAUAUGUUAGGGAACAGUAGAUUGUUUUAUUUUGUUUUUUCCCUCCCAGUGUUUUAUGUGUUUAAAACAGUGCUGACCGGGGCAUCCUCAUUCUCUAGGGGCACCAUCACUGAGAUUUGGCUUAACCAAUCUGUGCUAGCAAUAGUCUGAAAUUCCUUCAGAGAAGGCAGCCCUUUGGGAAGAUUUUUGACUCUAUCUAAUCAACAUUCCUUUUGUUAGUGACAUUUGUGAUUUUCAGUAAUCUGAGUUUUUGAUGGCCUUUUAAAUAAGACUCCAGUAUGUGAAGGUUAAUUGCUGUGCUGCAAAGAUCUUGUCUGUUGGCCCCUGUAGGAAGUUAACCUUUGUUGUUUUCUUUUAUGAUAUUUUGCUUAUUGCACAAUUGCUUUAGGGUUAAAUGAAUUAUAUUAAGAUGCCUUGAAAUUAUAUUAUAGCACUCCUUGAUUAAGAAGCUAAAAUGUUUUCUGUCAUGUACUCCUUAAAAGACUUAAAUUAGUUUGGGACAUUCUUAAUAUUAUUUUUCAGCAUCUGGAUUAUAUCAAUAUGAGUGAGAAUCACAUACAGAUAGCCAGAGCCCCUGACGUAGUAAGAAGAAAGGCCCACUCGUAACUACAGCUUUGUCCUGCCCCCUUCUCAUUUUCUCCACUACAGUUUUCCCACUCUCUUUUCCUCCUGCCACGGUUUGCUAACAUUUUUUAAAUUCCUCUGUGCCCAGUAGUUUCAUGUCUCAUAAGCAUCCUCUCAGGAUAUUCUGAAAUUUCAAAAUGGAAAAUGUUCAGCUGUAAAUUAAAUUUAAAUUUUUGCAUAGUGACUACUCAAACUACUAAAUACAUUUACCUGAGAAAGUCUCUGAGAGUACUUCAUACCUCCUUCAGUUUAUGUAAAUUCUCUGAGAAUGUUUUAGAGAUAGAUAAAUCAUUUACAGUGGCUUCUGUUAACAAAUAAAAGUACCUAUGAUUUUUCCCUUUUUUGCUCAGGGAUGAUGGGGAUUUCCUUUUACCUUCUGAGGUAGGAUUUUUUAAAUGGGAAGAACAGGCCUUUUAAAUAUUGUCACAAGGGUCUACAAUAUAACCUAUAACUCCUACACAUACUGCAAAUAUUUCUUUAAAUUGUAUAGGAAAAUGAGCCAACUUCUUAUUUCUUAACAUCUUUGGAAAGAACUUUAACCAGUAAGCAAUUUUAUAACUCUAAGAGACAUCAAAGCUACUGUUCUGAUUCCUGAUAGAGAAAAAAAAUCCUAUUUCCUUAUAACAAGGCAAGGAGAAAUGCUUAUUUUAUUCCUGAUAGUUUGCAGAGCUAGAAUACAAUGUUUUUUUCCCAUUUUGGACCUAAAUCUGCCAAUUGGAGUUUUGUGCAUGAAAUAUCAAGUUACUUUUUAUAGAGAAUAAGUGCUUUUAAGUCCCUAAAAGGUUUGUCCCUAAGUAAUGAUGUUGGUAAUCAAAGCCUUUGAAAGACUAAAAACGUAGUAGUGGUACCAUAGUGUUUGGUACUUCUGUAGGAGUGGAGAAGGGCAGCUCGUUGUUGAGAGUUGCAUGCUGCAACCAGUGGUCAGCAAUGAAAUAAAUACUUGUAGAAUGUUCCCUUCA